UUUUGAUUACGGUUCGGUGAUUCAUAAACGUUCUUUAUGUUUACAUCUGACUACAGUAGCUUACUGAUGAGGUCAGAUGUUGUCAUUAGGAUGACUUGAUGCAUUUACAAUGAUGCAUAGGCAUUUCAGAUUAUCACUUUACAUAAACUCCUGAACAACACACUGUUCAGUUAGAACAAAAUGCAAGAUCCUGAGGUGAACGUCAAAGUAGCUGUGAGGGUAAGGCCUCUUUUGCCCAAGGAGAAGCUUGGUGGUGAGCAACUAUGUGUAAAAUUCCCACCAGGCAAAAAUCAACUUGUGGUGGGAAAAGACAGGGCUUUCACUUUUGACCAUGUGUUUAAUCCAAAGAUAUCUCAGGAUGAUGUCUAUCAGACAUGUGUGGAUUCCCUGGUGAAGAGCUGCUUUGAGGGCUACAAUGCUACUGUCUUUGCAUAUGGACAGACUGGGGCUGGUAAAACCUAUACCAUGGGAGGUGGGAACUCGGCCAUGCUGUCUGAUGAUGAAGUUGGUAUCAUUCCCAGAGCGGUACAUGAUAUGUUCAAGAUUAAAAGGUCCAAACCAGACACCAGUUUUCUGGUGAAGGUGUCUUAUGUGGAGAUCUACAAGGAGGAGCUAAGAGACCUGCUAGAUGUGGAUACUGCCAGUAAAGAUAUGCACAUCAGGGAAGAUGAAAGUGGAAACACAGUGAUCUCUGGCCACAGGGAGGUGGUGUGUGCCACGGAAGAUGAGGUCCUCUACUGUCUGGAACAUGGCUCUGCUGCCAGACAAACUGGGUCCACACAGAUGAAUGAACAGUCCAGCAGGUCACACUCCAUCUUCACUGUACUCAUUGAACAAAGAUGGGCUGAGGACUUGGCACUAACUGAUAGGACUUCAGGGCGCAGGGACAGCGGCAGUAGUGAGAUGGACGAGAAUGGAGAAAUGGUACACUACAUGAGCGGGAAGUUUCACUUUGUGGAUCUGGCAGGAUCAGAGAGAGCCAACAGGACAGGGAAUGUGGGGGACAGGUUUAAAGAGUCAGUUCACAUCAACAGUGGGUUGCUGGCCUUGGGUAAUGUGAUUAGUGCAUUGGGAGACACCAAGAAGAAAGUGAGCCACAUUCCAUACAGAGAUUCCAAGAUCACUAGGAUGCUGAAGGAUUCUCUUGGUGGUAAUGCCCAGACUCUGAUGAUUUGCUGCAUCAGUCCUGCUGUCUGCAACUUUGAUGAAACUCUCAAUGCCCUCAAGUACGCCAAUAGGGCCAAACAUAUCCGUAACAAGCCCGUUGUGAACAGAGAUCCUCAGUCACUGAAGUUUGAAGAAAUGCAGAGUGAGAUCAAGGCUUUAAAAGAGGAGUUACAGAGGCAGCGUACCACCCUGAUGACAGGGGGUGCUGACAUGGAGCAGGCCAUACAGGAUGCUGGACAGCUGAGGAACCUGGAGGACCAGCUGGUCAAGCUGCAGACAGAGUGUUCUCACUACCGUAUGAUAGCAGAGGAGGCAUACAGACAGCUGACAGACAUCCAGGAGAGAGACAUUCUGUCCAGAAGUCAACAGUUUAAGUUGAGGGACUGGCUGGACCUCAUGGAAGAGAUCAAGAACAGAGUGCCGUCCACUCUGAACAAAGAGGAGUGGAAUGACAGGACAGUCAAACAGCUGCAGAAGGAAUUGAAAGUUUGUCAAGAUGAAUUAAAAAGUGAUGAGCAAAUUUUUGUUGAAAAGAAUGAAGAACUAUCUGAAAUGAGCAGGAAAAUAGAAAUAUUGGAAUCUGAUUUAUUAGAGAAAAAUAGAGAAUUGGAAGAUGCAGAAAAGAUAAUAAAUGAGCACAAGGAAGUGAUGGUCCAGCAGCAGAUGAAGAUUGGAGAGUUAGAACAGGCAACUCGGAAAAGGAAAGUGAGUAUAGCGGUGAGUGAGCCUGACCAGGAUGGUGACGACACGGCACCAGUCUCAGGCAGGAGGGCGUUCUCCGUCCCUCCACACAUGCUGAAAGCGGCGAAUGCUGGGACGGUCACUAGUCUGCGUCCCCCGUCACGUAACAUCCGCACCAGUCCUGCCAUGUUCUCUGUAGAGCGCGUGAUGCAGGGGUUCCGUGCGCGUAGCCAGCUCCUGAUGAACCAGCUGGAAGAGCACGACGAGGUCCUGCACCAGGGGUUCUCAGAUAAUGAGGAAGGUGACGAUGGAGAGGAGAGUGGCAAGACAAACAAAGUUUUAGGGCAAACCUUCAAGGCUGUGAGAAGUGUGAGAAGAUCACAUACUGAUGAUGAAAAACUUUCCAUGAAGGACAACAAAGGAGCAACAAUAACAAAGACCCCCAAAGGCAGCACCCCCAGGCUUGACAAGGAGUCUUCUAGCCUGGACGUAGACAAACUGAGAACAAGCACUGUUAUACACAAGAAGAAAUUGAAGGAAACCCAAGCCAAAGUACAGGCUAAUACUCAGAAGAUUAGAGAUCUCUCCAUUAAUAUUAAGUUGAAGGAGCAGCUUAUCAAAGAGCUGGUGAAGACAGGCAAGGACGCCCACCUGAUGAAUGCACAGUACGCAGAGAAAGUCAAACUCUUGGAAAAGGAGAAGGAACAGACACGGACAGAACUGAGAGAGCUCCAGAAGGCAUUUCAGGAAUUGGAGGUGAAAGAACAAAAUGAAUCUGCUCAGAUAAACAAAGUGCAAAGUGAUUAUAAAAAGAAGAUGGAGCUCACCAAGACUAAGUUGAGUGCUUUACAGAAGAAACAGAAAGAAACUGAAAAACUAGCCAAUCUUACUGCUCAGAAUGACAAAAAAGUAGAGGAACUGGAGCUCUCUGUGGGAAAGAUGAAACAGCAACAGGAGAAUUUGACCAAGAAACUUAAGGAAGAAGCUGAGAGAAAAGCUAAGCUGGAGAAAGAAGUACAGAAAGAACAGCAGAAGAUAAAAGAACUUGAAAUAAAAAAUGAACAACAAGAGAAGAUUCUGAAGAUCAAAACAGAAGAGAUAGCUGCAGUCCAGAGAAAACUGAGGAGUGGGGGACCAGCCGUGGCCUUGGAUGCUGCCCAGGAGAAGUUGGAUGAGCAGCGGAAGUGGCUAGAUGGUGAAAUUGAGAAGGUGCUGGAGGAACGGAGGAAGAUGGAACUGCUUCAAGGGGAUCUGAAGAAACGUGAAGAAAUUCUUGCCAAGAAGGAAGCCAUAGUAGCUGAAAAAAGUCAUUUAGAGAUGAAAAAGCUCAGAUCUAGUCAGGUGCUAACCAAGGAUAUUUCUACUGUGGUAAAUAAACUGGAGACUGUGGAAAAGAAACUGGAAGAGAAGAACCGCGAGAUGUCUGCCACCCCAGUAGAAGCCAGACCAAAGCUGAAAGAUGAGAUAAAAAGUCUCCAGCAGGCUCAGGAGAGGUUGAGGAGGCAGAGAGCAGUGCUGGAUGACAAACUGUACGAUGGUGCUGUGAUUUCUCCACAGGAAGAAAGGAGGCUGAUAGAGCUGGAUGAAGCCAUAGAAGCCUUGGAUGCAGCUAUUGAAUACAAGAAUGAGAACAUCCGGUGCCAGGAGGAGGAAUUACGCAGAUCUCAGCUAUUCACACAGAGUGAGGAUAAUUUGUUGAACAAGUUAAAGUCACUGACCUCCACCGAGACCAAAAGUUUGUUGCACAAAUACUUUGAGAAGGUCAUCGACCUCAGAGAGUCAGAGAGGAAGAAAGAACUUCAAAUUAGUGAAAUGGAGAUGAAGACAGAUGAACAGGAGCGUCUGCUGAAGGAGUUAGAGUUCGCCCUACAGCGGUCAGCCAUGGAGAUGGACAUCAAACUGACCCAACAACAGCAGGACUAUGAGCAGAAGAUUCAGCUUCUGAUGAAGCAGUUAGCUGAGAGAGCAGGGCCAGACACACAGGAAGCUAGGAUUCAGCAGCUGGAGAAGGACUUGUUUUACUACAAGAAGACCAGCAGAGAUCUGAAGAAGAAGUUACGGGAGGUGUUGGCAGGCCACCUGGAGGCUGAGGGCGGAGGAGGUGGUGACACUGCAGACAGUGUAUCAAAUUCCUUACAUACAGCCAGAGAAAACGGCUCCGAGAGCCACAGGUCCAGUAAACCUGGCACUCCUCACACGCCUCACGGAAUUCCUGCCUCUGCUAGAGGGCAGCACACGCACAGGGAGUCUACCCCAAGAUCUUCCAGACAGCCUACUCCAUCGCGACCAUCCACAGGCACCUCCCACAAUGAAGUGUCCAGUUCCAGGAUGUCCCAGCUGAAGGGUGUGGAGGGGUCACGUCAGGGGACUCCAGUGAAGAUCUCCAGGAGGGACCUUAGGCCCAUGUCAGAGGCGGAGGUGGAGAUGAGGAGGUCCAAUGCCACCCAGGCUUCUGUGCAGGAUUCCUUGGACACAGGAAAGAAUCCAUGGUCUUAGCAGUGAGUGAGGUCCAGGAACACGGUUUCUCCUUCCUGUUAUGACAACCAAACAGUUCAAAUGUCAUCAGCAAUACACUAAUAGUUUACUACAAUGUUGUCCAAGCUGUCUGUGUCAUGAAGCAUUUAUGAAGAAUUUUUUACUCUCUGCCAGUGUCUUCCCAGUUUUAAGUUAUGUGUUUGUGGGUGGAGGUGCGUGUGUUUUGUAACGGGGUGGGGGGGGGGGGGUGCACGCAGACAAUCAGACUUAAGCUAAUAAGAUAAACUGGGUAACAUUUUUACCGUCCAUGUUUUUUAUCACCAGAACAUUGGCCAUUGUAGGCUUGAAAAUAUUUUGUAAUUGCUUUUUGUUUUUAAUGCCUUUAAAAACAUUAAUGUUGUACAAGAUGUGUUGAAACAUUUGUAGUUAAGUUCUUAGUGUUGUUAAUUCCCAGUACCACGUCAUGCCUUGGUAUUUUUCCAAGUUAUGAAAUCAGCCAAUACUGAAUAAGAAAAAAAACAUUGGUGAGCAUUAAAGUUUAUAACAUUUGCAAUACCUUUGUAAAUCAACAGCACAAGUCAGGUGUAUAAUAUACAUCUGUUUUAAUUCACUAGUAAGUCUUUCCUGUUGUAUGUGACUGUGUCAAGUUGUUUGGUGAUAGCAAGUAUUUAUUGUGGAGUUUAUCUACGUAAUUAACUUCGCCAUCUACCAUAAAGUUUGCCAGGAGUCAAUAUGUAAUCCUGGUGUAAAUGUUUGUAUGUACAAUAGUAGUCCUGGGUGUUGUAGUUGAGACACUGAGGUGUAUAGUGUGGGUGAUAAUGAGAUUGGUUGUGUUAAUUACCAAUUAAUAUAACUGUUAGGGAACAUUCCAACAUGAAAAUCUUUCUCUUUUAUCUGAAAAGAUGUUAAUAUGGUCUAUGUAUAUAAAGCCUGAUAGUAUAUUUGGAGAUAAUUGACUCUUGUUUCAUGUCAUUUAUGUUUGUUUUGAUAUUAAUGAUAUUGCAUAAUUGUCCUCAAAAAAUGUAAAAAGCUAGCAUUGCUCACUAAAAUAGCAAAUUUCACACUGCACUAAAAUGAAGUAUUUGAAAAUGUGCUUCUUUUAAUUCGAUUCGUGGAUGAGGUUUCUUGGUAUCUAAAUUAAGAAAAAAACUGUCUUCAAACAUAUUUUUCAGUUUAUUUUUGAAUUACUUCAAGUAGUAUGCUACUCAUUACCAUGUUUUGUUAUUGUCAACUUGUGCAGGAUCUUGUUUUUUUAUGUGUGAUUAAUGAAGUUGAAAUGUUUUAGUCAUUGCAUAUUUAGAUCAUAAAAACCCUAAUUCAUCACCAUGCAAACUCUUGAUUUUGACAAAAAGAAUUGCCCCCUGUGCCUUGAAUUGAGUGACUGCUUUCUGUAAAUUGGUUGUUUUUUAUCAAGCGGCCUUCAUACUGAGUGUAUAAAAGAGAUUUUCAGGAUAUGAGUUUUGAGUGGUUAAGCACGUUUCCAGUAUGUUGAAUAAGCUAUUUACUAAUGAGACCUGCCAUACAAUAGGAAAUAACUGAGCCAGGAUUACACAGCACUGAAAACAUGCUUUGGCCACUAAGCAGUGGGGAGUAAUACAGCUCUAGACAAAAGAAUGUUAUAAAUGGGGAAAGUUGGCUUAUUUACAACAGGAACACUUUAAAGAUAUUUGAAUGAAAUAUGUUUGCUGAGCUCUGUUCAAGAAGGGCUAAUGCAUAUUUUGAUUGAACACUUUGUUUAUAUCUCCUCCAUGCUUAAGUAGCACAAAGUAUGGAAGUUGAACUGUGGGACUUGGUAAAAUGUCUCCAAAUGUACACAGUGCUACGCUUCCAUGGAUACAUACUGUCAUUAUUUUUCUAUCUUAUGGCUGAAACCCCUUUUUGUUACAAAGACUUUGCUGCUGAUAUUGGUGUUCAAACAUUUCUAAGGAAAGAAAUUAUCAGUGUAAGUAAAACAGUUUAGGACCGACUUUGCUGUGUUUUAAGUUUGACACAUUUUCGUGACUUCUUUCCUAUUUGUUGCUUAGAACAUUCUGUAAAUACUUGUCCAUUCAUGUCACAUUUAUUUAUUGUCAUUUGAGGACUUGUCCAUUCAUGUGAAAUAAAAUGAUUUUAUAGUGAA